AUCUCCCUCCGUUUUCGCUCGAUUUCACUUCCGAUGUCGAUGAAGAGGGAUUUUGUGGGUUCUUCAUCACCAUCAUGGAAAAGAACAAGGUUUGAUUUCGACGAUUCUGAGGUAUAUCUGCUUUACAAUCUCCACAGUGGUCCUGUUAGAUAUGUGAUGUACAAGCUUCAUACUAGUGCUAUCGGUAAUGAUGAUGAUAAGGGAAACGAUUCGACUAGGAUACCAAAUUUAACUACUGUAUUUGAACUGCCUCGUGAGAAAUAUCCCGGCUCUAUGGGCUCUUUCGCCCUGGGCUCUAGGAUCUAUCUGCUCGGGGGUGAAGUCGGACUUCACGGUGAAGUCGAUUUCGUUCUCCAGGAUGGCAGCAAUACUCAACGCAUCUCCAAAAAUGUGUAUUUCUUUGAUACUGCAGCUGCCAUUUCCUCCCCUUCAUCUUUAUCGGUGGCACCUCCUAUGGAAGGUGGUAAGAGGUUACCGCGGGCAAUUCACGUGAAUGGGAUGGUAUACGUCAUUUCAGAUAUUCCUAGUUUCUAUACUUGCUACAGCGAGGAGGAGCCAUUAUUCGAGGUUUUCGACCCACUGGGUAAUGAGGGUGAGGGAAAGUGGUCUUCCUUGCCCAGACCUCCUUUCUAUUGCCGCUCUAGUAACCAUGGGAGCCAUGAGAUUAACGGUGCAGGCAGGAUUCUCUCGCAUGCUGUUGUGGCCCAUCAGAUUUUUUUCUUCACCACCAAAAAGGACCAAGUGAACGUUUUUGAUGUCUACAAACGCGGAUGGACGUCUUUGAAGGUCUACAACGGGCGUAAUAACCGUUUGCCCUUUGGGAAGACAGUCAUGCCGAUAUUUGACUCUGUGUGGGUUGCCCUUGGUACUUCUCCCUGCCGUAUGUCCCCCAUUAGUACUUUCAAUCUCACAGCAGAUUUUAGAUUGGUAGGGAAAGGGGUCGAAGGCCUCGAGACUAUCCGUUUUACUCACGAGCCACCUCUAGCCUAUGGCAUUUAUUACCAUCUCCUUGACAUGGGGAUUGGCUUGGUUUGUCUUCUCAAAUUUGGCAACGAUGAGGAGGGCUUCAUGAAAGGGAAGGCAUACGUUUCUGCUACCGUGUUUCACCUUGUCAAAAAGUGCACGGAUAAGGUCUCUUUUGGCGAAUCAAAUUAUUGGCUGGGUCAAAGAUUGUUGCCCUUGCUCCCACCGGGUGUCCGAAUGCAUGAUUACAGCGAGGUUAUUGGAGAGAUACAAGUAUUUGGUGCUGAAGGACUCCGCAGCUCUUUGUUUGCCCCUGGGGUCGAAAACUACAAUACAACCUAUGCCGCAGUUGGUAGCUUCGUUAUGAAAAAACAAUCUACUCGCUCUUAAUAUACGGUUGGUCUUGGGGAAUAGCACGCAGUUAAUCUUGUAGUGCUGGUUUGAGUCGAGUUGGAGAGCUUGCUUGAUAGUGGUAACGAAGCUUGGAUCGAUUAGGCAGUUUCCUUUCUAUCUUUCUUUUAUUUUUCCGAGUUUAUCUAAGAACAUCAUGUAAUUAUAUGGUUUGAGGAGACAUGAUACUUAACUUAUGUAGCUAUCAUUUGUUGUCUGGGUAGCAGUGGAUUGACAUUGUAUUAAUGUAUUAUUUGCUGAUA